UCUGCUGCAGACGACAGCCGAUAUUGGAAUAGCCGGUGGCACUGGAACCAGCUUUGCACGGAAUCUGCCCACUGAGUUAAUUUUUCUCUCCAGUUAGGCUAAUUGAACAGGUUAAAUCGACCUAUUCUUGUGAUUUAGAUUGAUCUGUUUUGUUUAAUAUUUUGUAUUAGCCUAUCUGCAUAAUAAUACCCCAGGACCAGGUUUAGUGCAUUUUUUACAGCUAAAGGAAGAAGUGAUGGAUAAAAUAAUGUCCAGACAUCUCACGGUGAAUCCACGUUUUCUACCUGCGUCGAAUCACUGCGUACUGAAGUCUCUAUUGGAGAACCCCAUGAAACUACCCUUCCUCAAACAUGAACACCAAAAUGAAAGGUUUGAGAAGGAGCGAGAGAAGGAGAAGAAUUUGGAUGAGGAGAGGAGUGCCCCACAGUCAGCCUUCCUUGGCCCGACGCUGUGGAACAAGACUCUCCCCUACGAUGAGGACAACUUCCAGCUGGAGUACAUGGAUCUGGACGAGUUCCUGUCGGAAAAUGGCAUUCCGUCUGAUCUCGCCACCGCCGUCCACCGCGACCAGCACCAAACACACCAAUCACAGUCCCAGCACCAGACGUCAAGUAGGUCACCAGCCCCGCCCACACCGUCGCCCUCGGUGAUCGACCUUAGCAACCAUGCCAGUGCAUCGACGUUGGUACACACAAGCAUGGGCGCACAGAACUGUCUCCGUAGUCUCACCAGAACAGCCCUGCCAUCCAGAAACACUCCCAGCCCCAUCGACCCAGAGUCCAUCCAGGUGCCGAUGAGUUAUGAGCCCGACCCUGCUGACCUGGCCCUGUCCAGUGUACCGGGACAGGAGAUGUUCGACCCCCGCAAAUGCAAGUUUGCCCCCGAGGAGCUCAAACCACAGCCCAUGUUCAAGAAAGCUCGCAAGGUGUUAUUCCCUGAUGACAUGAAGGAUGACAGGUAUUGGGUGAGGCGUAAGAAGAACAACGUGGCUGCCAAGAGGUCACGGGACGCCCGUCGGCUCAAAGAGAACCAGAUCGCCAUCCGAGCGGGUUUCCUGGAGAAAGAGAAUUCAGCACUGAGGAUGGAGGUGGGCGACCUGAGGAGAGAGCUGGGGCGCACCAAAAACAUAGUGGUCAAGUACCAGGCUUCACACGGACCUCUGUAAUGGGACUGAGACAGAAUACACUCACACACAGAUAGCAACUACACACACACACAAACAUAAAGAAAAACACAAACACACACACACACACACAAAUAUGAGGCUGAGAGGCUGAGCUUACAGCUGUCUGAGACAACCACCCAAUCAAUCCCCCCAUUUAUCUCACCCAUGUCUAUCUCUGAUUGGCACUUUAGAGUGAAAGCGGAUAACGUUGUGUAAAGUGUGAGUAUGAAACGGAAUGUGUUUCCUUUAUUUCUGGGCUAUGUGUGUUUUUAAUUGUAUUAUUUUCUUUUUUAUAUAUCUAUCCACACAUAGCUAAUGUAUUUGAUGUGUUAUUUUCCUUACACGGUGGUUUGUACAUAUUGUCCACGCCGUUUACUGUGGCAUUUCAUUUUUUUAUGAAUAUGUAUGAAUGAAUGUUAUAUUACCUUAUUAUUAUUAUGUUAUAUUACCUACCCUCAUCCAACUCCCUCUUGAUCCAUAACAUCUGUUAUCGUCUGUUGAUGAUCUUGUGUCUGUGGUUGCCAUGGUUUUCUAUGGUUUCCAUACUGUAAAUAUAGGUAAUGUCAGCUGAGAUGUCUCUGCUGACGUUACCUGUCCCACUUCAUCCAGCUUUCUUUUUAAUCCACCCCCACCCCCCUUUCUUAUGCUCUGUCAGAGAUAAGCUGUUUGUAAAGUGUAGAAUCUUCAUGUAAAGAAUCACUGCACUGCUCACACUUGAAAACUAUCUAAUGCCUACAUACCGCUAGCCUGGGUACCCAACUGUUUCUGCAUUAAGUAACGCUACACAGUUGCCUGAUUAGGCAACAGCAUGUUAGCUAACGCAGAGACAGACUGGCAUCCAGGCUAGCAUUCUAUGAUGUCAGCUUUGUCAUUUGUUCAUUUCGUUCAUAUGGCAGUGUUAUGACCAGGCAGGUUACCCGUGAUACAAGUCAGUAUUCUACGUCUAUCCAUGUCUGAGGACGUCGGGAGAUGAUGUGGAAAACAGCCACAAGGGGCAACAGUGAGCCCUGUUACUUCCAAGUAGGUUUUGGUUUUGCUAAGAUGUUGCGAAUGGGUGUAAGCAUCUGCCUCUGAUUCCAAAGGUUGCAUGUUUGAAUCCAG